UUUAACCUUCAGUCAGCAGCUCUGAGUCUGGUGGCAGUGCAGUGUUUUUGGUUCUUACGUGUUUAUGUGAGGCACUAAAGGGACAGAAUCAUGAGGCUUCUGCUGCUGCUGCUUCUGGGGCUCCUGACGGUCCCUGAGGGCCGCUGCUUCGAGUUUGUGAUUGAUGGAGAGUGGGAGGAUGAGGUGACACACAUUCAUGAUCAUCUGGAGAGACAAAAGAGGGCCAUACUGACGAGUGAGGAGCAGGAAGACUUUGAGGCCAUCCGUGGAGAUGACAUCACCGUCAAGAGCUACAAGGUGGAGAGCCGCAUCACAUCACGCUUUGCCCACACCACCGUGCGAAGCUCUGUGGUCAACUCAGGCUCCAAAGCUCAGAGCAUUGGCUUCAACGUGCAGAUCCCCAAACGGGCAUUCAUCACCAACUUCACCAUGAAUGUAAACGGGAUCACCUUCAUGGGCUCAGUGAAGGAGAAGACAGUGGCCAGGAACCUUUACGCCCAGGCCCGGGCCCGGGGAAAGGCAGCUGGCAUUGUCAGGGCCAACUCCCAUGACAUGGAGACCUUUAAGACCGAAGUCCACGUUCCUCCAGGCAGUAACAUCGAGUUUGAGCUUCACUACCAGGAGAUGAUGCAGCGGAGGCUCGGCGUAUACGAUCACAUGCUGUACCUGCAGCCCGGGAGGCUGGUGCCUCACUUCCAGGUGGACGUCUACAUUUAUGAGCCGAAGGGAAUUUCCUCUGUCCACAUCCCAAACACGCUUGGAGAGAGUUUUUCUAACCUGAUCAGAGUGACCCAGACCAAAGACAAGGCUCACGUUGUCUUUAAGCCGACCCUACAGCAGCAGAGAAAGUGUGAUAACUGCACGGACAGCGCCAUCGACGGCGUCUUUACCGUAAGAUACGACGUGAACAGGGACAGCAACGCCGGGGAACUUCAGGUCUCAGACGGACACUUCGUCCAGUUCUUCGCCCCCUCUAACCUCUCCCCGCUCCCUAAAAACAUCGUGUUUGUCAUCGACGUCAGCGGCUCCAUGUGGGGAGUCAAGAUGAAGCAGACUGUGGAGGCCAUGAAGGCCAUUUUGGACGACCUGACCAUCGAUGAUCACUUCAGCAUCAUCGACUUCAACCACAAUGUCCGCUGCUGGAGCGAGGAGAUGGUCCCCGCCUCAACCAUUCAGAUUGCAGACGCCAAGAAUUACAUACAGAACAUCAAACCCAACGGAGGAACAAACAUCAACGAGGCCCUGAUGAGAGCCGUUCAGAUGCUGGUUAGAGCGUCCAACCAGGGACUCAUCGACCCUCGAUCUGUCUCCAUGAUCAUUCUUGUGUCUGAUGGAGACCCGACUGUAGGUGAGAUCAGGCUCAGAACCAUCCAGAAGAACGUGAAGCGAGUGAUGAGGGAGGAGUAUUCUCUCUUCUCAUUGGGUAUCGGCUUUGACGUGGACUAUGACUUCCUAGAGCGUAUCGCCAUGGAGAACAGGGGCAUGGCUCAGAGGAUCUACGCCAACCACGACGCCGCUGAGCAGCUCCGGAUGUUCUACAGCCAGGUCUCAUCCCCCCUGCUGAGACAGAUCACCAUCCAGUUUCCAGAAGACUCCGUCUCUGAGGUCACACAGAACAGCUUCGAUAAAUUCUUCAGUGGCUCAGAGAUCGUGGUAGCGGGGAAGGUGCUGCCAUCGGACAGUAACACGCUGACCAGCUUCACCACCGCCGCCGCCGCCCGUCUGGACAUCCGGCUGGAGACCGAAGCGGACACCAUGGAGCUGGACCAGGAGCUGGCCAAGCAGCAGCACUCGUUCACGGGCUUUGCCAAGCAGCUGUGGGCCUACAUGACGGUCAAACAGCUGAUAUCUGAAAGGGCUUUGGCUCCCUCCGCCGCCAAGAAGAGGAAGAUCACUCAGAGGAUCAUGGCGCUGGCCGUAGAGCAUCAGUUCGUCACUCCUCUCACUGCCAUGUUGGUAGAGAGCGAGGACGCCACGGAGAGGCUGCUGGCCGACUUCCCCAAAGACCCCAAACACGGCUGCUGCUCAGGAAUGUCAGGUGGCACAGCGUCCUCUAAUCUGGCUCCAGUCCGAGUCGUCUACCAGCCUCCACCCUGGGUCCAGAUUACUACAGCAGCCACACCCAGUGAGGCCGCCAAGGGUCCGGAGGAGCUGGCAGUGCCUCAGCAGAUCAAUCUAGUGGACAACGAUCCUCACUUCAUCGUCCACCUGCCCAGGGACGACACCUACGUCUGCUUCAACAUCGACUCCAAACCGGGCCACAUCCUCAACCUGGUGUCUGACCCUGGAACAGGUUUGGUGGUAAACGGUCAGCUGAUUGGGUCAAAGAGGAUGCUUAAAAGUAAGCUAAGGACCUACUUUGGCACCAUCUCUGUCUACUACCAGCCUGAUGGAGUCAGCGUGACCAUCAGUACUGACAGCAUCGCCAUGACCGACGGCAACAACAACCACUCUUUCACCUGGGGGGCCACGGCUGACAUCGCACAGGACGGUGUGAGGAUUUCCAUCGUGAAGAACUCCCACGUUUCCAUCUCCAUCAAUCAUCACAUCCACAUGAUGAUUCUACUUCAUCGUGUGUGGAAGAAACAUCCCGUUAACGUUGAUUUCCUUGGUAUCUACAUUCCCAACGAAAACCAGUACUCACCUCUGGUCCACGGACUCAUCGGCCAGUUUCACCGAGAGCUAGAUCUUACUGUGUUUGACCUUCAUGAGGGCGCCGACCCUCAGAAGAAGGAGGCCACCAUGGAAGUGAAGGGGAACCGUCUGAAGGUCACCAGGGGCUGGCAGAAGGAUUACCGCCUUGAUACGAAGCAUGGCUCCAAUGUUUACUGCUGGUUUGUUCAUAACAGCGGGAAGGGCUUCAUAGACGGACACUACACCGACUACAUCGUCCCCAACCUCAACAGCUUCCUGCAGAUGCACUGAGCAUUCUCCAAGAAGUGUUCGGACCAUUUGCUGCUGCUAGUCAUCCUAUUUCACAUUAACCAUAAAAACAGGAAGCUGUGACGACUUCAUUUCCUGUUUUCAGUUUCUGAUAAGAUAAUCAAUACUGAAGUUUUUAUUUCCAAACAUCAUCACAAUUCACUGCCAGUUUAUUUGAUUUAUUUGGAGAAAAUGUACAUCAAAACCUACUAAUAAAAUUAACAAAAAUAAAAAACAUUUCAAUCCUCA